CUCAGUUCGGGGAGCGUUCUUUAUUUUUGCGUAUAGACAUGGAGAGAAUAUUUCGCCAUUUCGCAAGGAAAAUAAUGACAGGUUAUCUCAAGCGAGCUUUGUCUAGCGUAGCUCGAGCGGUUGACGCGAGAGACGCUGCGGUUGCGAAGCCUUUCUCCGAGAUUCCCAAGAUUCCCGGCCUGCCAGUGAUCGGAAGUUCUUGGAUGUACCUUCCAUUAGUAGGCAGGUACGACGUUCGCGACAUCAACCACGCUGCCUGGGAUAUACAUCGCCGAUACGGGCCCAUCGUGGCGGAACAGUUUGCCGGACGGCGGGUGCUGGUGCACCUGUUUAGGGCCGACGACAUUCGAACCUUGUACCAGGAGGAAGGCCGUACGCCGUACCGCGCCGGGGCUCUGCCUUUGAAGCUGUACCACGAGAUGCGGCGGGAUCGGUACUUCGCAAACCACGGCCUGGCAAAUGCGCAGGGCGAGGAGUGGCGCCGUAUCCGUUCAAGUACACAGCCAUUCACCACCAGGCCACAGACCGUGCUCUUGUACGCCGACGCCAUGGACACCAUCGCCGCCGACGCUGUGCGCCUCAUCGGUGCGUCGCGAGACGGCACGGGCGAGGUGGCCGACUGUCACCCCCUCAUGAGGAGGUGGGCGUUCGAGUCCGGGAUGCUUGUGUGCCUGGACCGGAGGCUGGGAGUCCUGCAGGAUCCUCUCGACCCUGAGUCAGACGCAGCCGUGAUGAUGUACAGUAUCCAAACAGUGUUUGAAAUGUUGGACACUUUGGUCACCGGUUUUCCAUUCUACCGCUACGUCACGACACCGUACUGGAGAACGUUCGUGCGCCGUGCAGACGCUACUACAGAGCGUAUGUUUAAGGUGAUUCAAGCAGCUGCCGAAGAAGCCGGCCAGAAGCACAAUAAACACAAUGCCACCAUUCUCGGCUACCUACAACGGGAAGGGCGGCUCACGACGAAAGAGAUUUUCACGUUCAUGAUGGACUUCCUAGUCGGCGCUGCCGAAUCGACUUCAACAGCGGCAACCUUCAGCCUGUACUGCCUGGCCAUGAAUCCGGAUGCCCAGGAAAGAGCGAGGCAGGAGGUGGUGUCCGUGCUGUGUGGUGCAGCCGACGGCACUUUGUCUGAAAAGUACCAAAAGCUCUCCUACGUGAAGGCAUGCAUCAGAGAGGCUCUUCGGCUGCAUCCAAUUGUACCGGGUGUCCAUCGCAAACUGGAUCAUGAUGUAGUGAUGUCCGGUUACAUAAUACCGGCAAACACUCUGAUGCGGACAGAGCCUUACGUAGCCGGGAGGCUGGAGGAGAACUUCACAAGGGCCUCUGAGUUCCUCCCCUGGCGCUGGCUCCACUCGGACGAGCAGGCCUCGAGUAAGGACAAAGAAGCCUGGAUGCUGCAUCCAUUUGCGUCACUCCCGUUCAGCGUGGGUCCACGUAUGUGCAUCGGGAGGAGGAUCGCAGAGAUGGAACUCUGCUUGCUAGUCGCUAAGGUGCUGCAGCAAUACCGCGUGGAAAACCACCACGGAGACAUCGGCUUCCAGUCCAGGAUGACAAGCCGACCAAUGCGUCCGGCAAGGUUUCGCUUCGUCGAAGUGGAAAAAGCUACAUCCACAUAAAACGCACACCGCGUUUUCUCAGUAGAGGCAGACCUACUAUGCCGGCUCACUGUUUGUGGCGUUCUGAUGCCGAGGAGAUGAGGUCACCGGUCAGAUACUCCAGUGACUGAAGGCGGAAGGCGAUAUGCCUGCGCAAGUUAAGAAACCUUAUACUCCGGUCACACGGAGCGUUUUAGAUGGCAAUAGAGCCAGAUCAGGGUCGAAAUCCUCGAUUGCGUUUUUUUUGUGCUAGCUGUGAAAGUGAACUAAUGGUUGUCGAGAAAUUCGAUUCCAAUGUGGCUCGACGGUGAUCGAGUGCACCAUGUGAUCGGAGUAUUACGCAGUGAAUAUUUUUUUCAGACUCUCAAGUUGUGUGACACGGGGGCGCAGCUUUGUAUUUUAAACAUGGGUAAAUAAAUCCGACAUGCAUUUCGCUUUUCCCGAAAAAGUAACGAAGUGUAUUUUCAUGCAUUUACAUUUAUUAAUGCUGCCUUAUUUAACUGAGAAAGUAAUGUGACGCACGCUGGUAUGGCUUGCAUCAUCUUACGCAAUCGUCGGCUGGCAACAUAAAUAUAACUUCCUCCGACUCGCUCA